GCCAGUCCUGCACAUUCAGCUACGUAUAGGAAGACGGUCGGCAGGAGAGAUACUGGGAUAAGCUGUGCGCUGAGAGAGUCGUGUGCAUUGUCUUGUCUGAAUAUUUUGCCCUGUACAUUUCCUUCUAACGGAGACAUCAAAGCCGAGGUAGCUGCCGCCAGUGACAAAUUUACGUCGUGGUGAUUUGGAAGAAUCGCAUCAUCUUUUGUGGCCGGCAUCCCUGACUUCCCGCGCAGCAUACAGCCGACUCGUCAGAUCUGUCCGGAUCAAUACUAAAGUUGUACCCUCGUGGUAGCUCUGUGGCACAAUCUACACCGCAACAAUCGCUCUGAUGUGGAAUGCUGCAUAGAGGUUCUACAGCUGUUUCAUUUUGCUGAGAUCCAAGUCCGCUCUAUUCUCAGCUAAACCGCGUUUUGAGUUUUUCAGUCGUAGACUGUUACCGCGGCCUUAUUCUUUGGCAGCUCUUGACUUGACAACCAAUGCAAACGCCGAUUCGCCCUUUUACUGCAUAUACCUGUUUGUCAACAAGUUCUGUAUAAGAUCGAAUCUGUCUAUCUGACUUGUUGCCAGUCUCGUGCAGAUUGGGAUCUGGAUUUAUCGUCGGCUUUGCAGAACCACAUAAAAGGCUGUUUUUGGACCGCGCGUGCGGUGUGGCCUCCUUUUCCACUGAGAUUUCCAAGUGUCGUCUGCCUCAGUGAAGUUUUUGCAAAAAUCCUUAUCGUCCAAAAUGGCGUCUUGUUUGGCAGUGAUGGGGAUCAUAUGGCUGGUGAUUACCAACCUAGCCAUCAUCAUUUGUUUCUCCACGCCAUUCUGGAUGGAAGAUUACAUGAUCAAUCUCAUUAAUAACGAAGGUCUCUGGGCUAAAUGUGGCAUCAGCUCCUGCGUCUGGUUCUUUGAGGACGACUUUGCGCUAGAGGAGACCAAACCUGUGUGGUUCAAGGCCGUGCAGGCUCUGGUGGCCGUAGGGUUAGGGUGCGGGCUCCUCGCUCUUCUCUUCGCCACGUGCUCUCUCUGUUGUGAGACCAAGAGGUGUAACUUGAGCGCUGCCAUAUCAACUGUACUCAUCCUAGCCUUUCUGUGCAUUGGUAUCGCUAUAAUUGUGUAUGGCGCCAAGGCGAACUCCGAAUAUGGAGUGAACAUUGGGCUGAAAAUGAACAUGGGCCGGAAGUUUGGCUGGUCCUUUUGGUUGGGCGUGGUAUCUGCCGCUCUCAUUCUGCUUACCUCGACGAUGUACGCCUGUGAUUGUAAACGACGACCAGGCGUAUAGCAACAACAACAACAAUAACAACAGC